AUGGAAAGUCGCGAUUGCUUCGACCGGGUCACAAGAGCCCGCUCCUUCAUGCUCGAGCGAGACAACAUGCCGCGCACCGCCGACAAUCUCUCGUUGAUGAGGCAGAGGUUGUUCGGCGAGGGUUCUUGGGUCGUGGCAUAUGAGACCGGUGAAUUCGUCAGGAUGACGGAGUCGGACAUAGACAUCGGCAUUGCAAACGCAGCCCUGUACCUAGAGGAAGUGUUGGCGAGCAACAACUACUCUCACCUCACGAAGAUACCAAUCUGUAUGAGUCUCCGGAUUGAGAUAUGGUGGACCGAGCAGCUGGAAUUGGCCGAGGCGCUACAAGAGUCGAUGGACAACGCCGACUUUGGGGCGAUACCGGCGACUCGAGAAGCUAUCGACCUGCUCGAGAAGACGAGACCGGACAAGAGUCCAAGCGAAGGUGACAUGGCAGAGCCCUGUUCGAUAUGCUUGGAAGAGAUGAACGCGCUCGACGUGGAAGUUGCACGCAUGCCAUGCAGGCACGUGUUUCACUAUGACUGUAUCAGCCGAUGGCUUAGCACGAGUCAUAUGUGCCCACUGUGCCGUUUUCCCAUGCCUACUGAUCCUGUUAGUCAACAGCAAACGAUGCGAUUUGAUUAG